AAACCGGUGCAUCGGGAAAGAAAAAACGAGCUAAAACUCCCACCACGACGGUUUUUGAUUCUGUGACCCCAAAAAAUAAUAAAAAUAAUAAGUAAAUAAAUAAGCCGGAGAAGCUACGGAUCCGAGGCCUUGGACAGGAAAAGAAAGGAAAAAACUCGUGUAGUGUUGGUGGUUCGACCCUUUUCAAACCCUAAAAAAGUAGGGACUUAAGUGCUUCCAUUGCCUGCUCCUGAAAGCUCUCCAACUUCAUAAGAUCUUACCCAUUCUACCCCGCUUCACUCCCUCUUCAAUUCGCUCUCUUUUAUUUCACUGGUUUUCUUUUACUUGCAUUGAAGCGUCAGGACCGAAUUUAUCAGGGGAAGAGAGGAGCUUGAAUUUUUAUUUUUAUUUUGCUUUGCUUUUUCUCGUGAUCUGAAAAAUGUUCCUCGGCGACUUUGCCCGAGUCCAUGUUUGAGGAAAUUGCAGUUGGUGACAUUCCAUGUUUCAUGAACCAUUAACUCAUGGAUGCUGGAGGCAAUAAAUUUGGAGGAGGACCAAGGGAACUUAGUGGUGUUGUCGAUCUUAUAAGUCGAUAUAAGUUGUUGCCUCACCAUGACUUCUUCUGCAAGAGACCUCUUCCUUUGUCCAUUGCAGACACACAUUAUCUUCAUAAUGUGGCGGGAGAUACUGAAAUUAGAAAAGGAGAAGGGAUGCAAUUGGACCAGCUUAAUCAGAAUACAUCUUAUAACAGAGAUACUAAUUUCCGCAUACAACCUUUUGACUUUGAUAUUCUUAAAGAGGCUUUUCAGCUGAGAGAAACCACUCCCGUUGAAUUGCCACCGACUGAAAAAGGGAUGCCUACUAUUGCUGGGAAAUCAAAGAGUGAGGUCAAAGAUAAAGAGAGGAAGCAUAAAAAGCACAAAGAUAGAGAUAAGGAGAAGGAUAAAGAGCAUAAGAAGCACAAGCACCGUCAUAAAGAUAAAGAUCGAAGUAAAGAUAAAGACAAGGAAAAGAAGAAGGAUAAAAGUGGGCAUCAUGAUUCUGGUGCUGAUCACUUAAAAAAGCACCAUGAAAAGAAAAGGAAGCAUGAUGGAGAUGAAGAUCGUAAUGACAUUAACAGACACAAAAAAAGUAAGAGUAAGCUUGUAAAUUGACUGAAGAAUGCGUAGAAAGUGAAUUCUCUGACGGAUAUUUCAUGCAAGGUAUAAGUGGCUGAAAGUGGACCCUUUUCUUGUAUUAUAAUAGUGGGUAAUAUAAUUAAGAUAGCAUGGAAAACUUUGGAUUUUUUUUUUACUAUAUAGUUCACGAUGGGAUGACUCUUCGUUUACAACAUGAUGAUUGUAGUCUUAGCGUGAUUUAUUUUAAUCAUUGUGAUUUAGGGAUUCGGAGUAUUUUGUACGUAGGAAAGAAUAAUGUCUUAACAUAUUCUAAUGGGUUCCUGAAAAGUUGUAAUUGUAAGGCACAUGUUAUCACAUCAAUGUCAAUCCCUUUUUUUACCCUUUAA